AUGAUCAGAUUCUCGUAUCUUCUGACAGCCUUGCUCCCGAUCAAAAACGGCACCGUGGUGGGCAAAUACAACGCCCACUACAAGCAAGACCUGUUUCUUGGGAUUCCCUACGCCAAGCCCCCGGUCCAAGACCUUCGAUUUACUCGUCCACAGCAUCUAACUGAAAAGUGGACUACUCCCAAGCAAGUAACAGGAUAUGGGCCAUACUGCUAUGGUUUUAAUGUCCACUUGGUCGGAUUUGACAGAAAUCUCACCAAUCCUUCAAGCGAAGACUGUCUUACCAUAAACGUGGUGCGCCCCCAUGAUUACCGUCAUGAAUGGGCUCCUAACGGCCUCCCGGUACUUGUCUGGGUGUAUGGAGGUGGAUUUCAAGAGGGCGCUAGUGCGGACCCCAGAUAUAACAUGUCACGCCUCGUUGAAAUCUCUACCGAGAUGGGCAAACCUGUUAUUGGGGUUAGUUUCAAUUAUCGUAUGAAUGCCUUUGGGUUUAUUUCCGGAGAGCCGUUCAAUACUAUCGGAGCCACAAACUUGGGUAUCCACGAUCAGCGGCUCGCGCUCCGGUGGAUUCAGGAAAACAUCGCAUCUUUUGGAGGUGAUCCUGGCAGAGUUACUCUCCAAGGGGAAUCUGCUGGAGCUUUGUCGAUAUCCCUCAACAUGCUGGCAUACAAUGGUCGCGAUGAGGGUCUAUUCCAGCGGGCAAUCCUUGAAAGCGGCACGCCAUUGUUCGCUCACAACUUCCCAACUGUGGAAAAUCAGAAGGAGAUAUUAGACAUAUUCCUAAACCGAACGGAAUGUUCAAGUUCCACGGAUAUCGUAUCCUGUCUGCGGAAAAUUCCCGCUGGGGACUUCAUCGAAGCAGCAACCGGCUUGCCCUGGCACCCUAUCAUAGACAACGAUCUCCUAUCGCAAUUGACCUCUGAGUCUAUAAAGAGAGGCGACUUCCUCAAAAUCCCGUUACUGAUCGGUACCAACACCAACGAAGGAUCUACUUUCGUGGAACUUUUUAGCCAAGGUUCUCCUGUAAAUUCUUUCGAUGAUGUGUCCAGGGUGCUACUGUCGAGUGUGUUUCCCCUCCAACUUCCGAAUGAUACUAUCGCUCGACUCCAUGAGCUUUACUCAGACGUGGUGAAGAAUACCUCCGAAGCAACAUUGGGCACCGUGAUUCCCAAUCCUGGACCAGCCUACGGAAAGUUGCAUGGCGAGCUGACCGUACUUGUUGGAGACUCAAUGUUCAAUACUGGCCGACGUGUCAGCUGUCAGGCCUGGACGCAGCGAAACAUACCGGCUUACAGCUUUCGCUUCGAUACAAACCCAGCUGGUUUAUCCCCAGAAGUCUACGGCACUGCGCACUUUCAAGAGGUUCCAUUUGUUUUUGACAGCAUUGAUGGCGAGGGAUAUGAUGUGAAUCCGUUUGAUAUCAAUGAACAGUCCUUGAAGCAAAAGUAUAUGGAUCUCGCGCGGCUUAUGACCAGAAUGUGGCUGAGCUUUGCCCAAACCGGGGACCCUAAUAACCAUGGAGUACAUGGAUUUAACUUGCAUUGGCCAAAGUACGACUUAGACUCUCCGUUCAAUAUUGUUUUCAACGCCACAAGAGGCAUAACUCUAGAGAAAGACAGCUACCGCAUCAAGGGUAUGAAUUACAUUUGGGAAUCAGCCGCUAUAUUCAACCGAUAG